AUGUUAGGAAAUUACUGUUGCUCAGAAACCCCCGGACGAUUUUAUUGGACCAAUGGUGCAAUCCUACAAGCCAUGCUUGAUGGUGAUUGGCUGCUGCUAGAAGACAUUGACCAAUCAAAUCCUGAUGUUCUAUCUGCCCUAGGGCCCUUAUUGGAAACUCGAUCGCUAUUGGUUCCUGGUUUGGGAAAUUCCAAAGUUGUUGCUAAAAAUAACUUCAGGGUUUUUGCCACAUCUAGGUUUGAUUUUAAACUUUCCAAGUUAUUAAUUUGA